AGAGUGCUCAAUGUUCCUGUUCCUUGCAUGGAUUCCAUUGGUAAACGCUUUCAUAAACCCAGACAGCAAUGCACUGAUUUCAAAGAUCGCGGACAAAUAUUCUGGUUCCUUUUAUCCCAGAUGUUCUAACGAAGCGUGUCCUGGGCACUGCGAAAGUAAGUGGACUUACUUCGACCAAACGGAUGCCUGCUAUAAGACUUUCUACAAUGCAAAUUUUCACGAUGCCGAGUACAUCUGUAGCACUGUUGGAGGACAUUUGACUUCAGUUCACAGCUACGAUGAAAAUGUUUUCGUAGCCGAGCUGGCAAAAAUGGGUAAGACAUGGAGUGACGAUUACGGCCUUGACCUGACUUGGAUCGGUCUGAGGAGUUACGGUACACAAAGCAGGAACUGGACCUGGACUGAUGGCACGAAAGUUGACUUUCUAGCUUGGAUCCCAGAAGCACCUGUCAGCGGAAGGGAUUGUGCGCUGCUGUACAGUGAUCCUUAUGUCAAACCGGAAUAUGGAUAUUAUUAUCAGAAGUGGACAAGCCACCAUUGCGUCAUGGCUCGGAGAGCUUUUGUAUGCAAAAAAAGGUCUUUGCACUAAAGCUAUACUUACUUGCAUUGAUGUAUGAGAAAAGAAGUUACUCAAAGUCAGCAAUAAAAAGUUUUCGC